CACAUCACAUGUAUUUCUUACCAAAAGAGCAAGGGCGACCUGAAAACACACACAAAACAAAACUCUCUAUAGAGGGUCUAAGCAGUCUUGAAAAUGGAGUUCCUGAACAAGAAUCUUGUCUUAGGGUUACUUUCCUUUCUGUUUCUUGAUUUUUUGAUCAUUUGCAUGGCUGAAGUACAUCAUUAUGAAUUUGUUAUAAAAGAGAGCAACUUUACAAAGCUGUGUAGUUCAAAGAGCAUGUUGGCAGUAAACGAGAGUUUUCCAGGACCGGUAAUUAAAGUUCGCAGAGGAGACUUUGUUAAUGUUACCGUCCAUAACCAAGGAACAUAUGGCAUUACUAUCCAUUGGCAUGGCGUAAAGCAACCAAGAAAUCCAUGGGCAGAUGGUCCAGAAUACGUAACUCAAUGCCCAGUUCCAGCAAAUACAAGCUUCACUCAUGAGAUUAUAUUAUCUGAUGAGGAAGGAACCUUGUGGUGGCAUGCUCAUAGUGAUUGGUCAAGGGCUACUGUGCAUGGUGCCUUUGUGAUUUUACCUCCUGAAGGGAAAUCAUACCCAUAUGAUAUACAGCCUGAUGAAGAACAAUUAAUUGUGCUUGGAUCCUGGUAUAAGGGAGAUGUGAUGGCCAUAUAUAAGGAGUCUCUUGAAACUGGAGGCAACCCUAAUACAUCAGAUGCUCACACUAUCAAUGGUUACACAGGAAACAGCACUGACUGCCCCACUGGAGAAAAGUUUACAAUGAAUGUCACAUACGGCAAGACAUAUCUUCUCAGGAUUAUAAAUGCUGUGAUGAACGAGGAACAAUUCUUUGGAAUUGCCGGCCACAAUCUUACACUUGUCGGAAUGGAUGCUGCAUACCAAAAACCUUUCACUACAGAUUACCUGAUGAUAACACCAGGACAAACAAUGGAUGUUCUGUUAACAGCGAACGCAAAUCCAAGUCAAUAUUACAUGGUUUCAACUCCAUAUUUUGAUAGUUUUGCUGAGUUCGACGACAGCACUGUCUAUGCAGUUGUUCAAUACACAGGCAACUACACUCCUCCCACAGCCAUUCCUGGACCUACCCUUCCUGAAACCCGAAAUGCAUCUGCUGCUGUAAAUUUUACUGCCUCCUUGAAGAGCUUAAACAGUACAGAGUACCCAAUUAGUGUCCCUAAAAGAAUUACUAAAAAAAUUUUCAUGACUGUUAGUUUGAAUGUUCUGCCCUGCCCCUCUGGCCGGAAUUGCUCCGGGCCGCCUGUUGCCAGCGGUGAAAUGACUGUUGCAUCUGCGAGCUUGAAUAACAUCAGCUAUAGCUCGCCGACAAAUGCUUCUAUAUUGGAAGCCUAUUACAAUGGUACGAGUAGCAGUGUAUUCACGAAAAACUUCCCUGUAGCUCCAGAACAAUUCAACUUCACGGGAAACGUAACAGGUAUUUCACAGUAUACAAAUCAAGGGACAAAGGUGAUAAUGAUAGAUUAUGGUGCAGAAGUAGAAAUGGUGCUUCAAGGUACUGCUAUUCAGUCACCAGAAAAUCACCCUAUGCAUCUCCAUGGUUAUAGCUAUUACUUGGUCGGCAUCGGUACCGGUAAUUGGGACAAUGUCAUCAGCGUUAAAAAUUACAAUCUUUACGAUCCGCCAUUAAUAAAUACUGUCGGUGUUCCUCAGAACGGAUGGGUAGCCAUCAGAUUCAAGGCUGACAACCCUGGUGUAUGGUUUAUGCACUGUCACUUGGAAAGACAUACCACAUGGGGAAUGGACACUGUGGUGAUCGUGAAAAAUGGAAAAACCGAAGCAACAAGCAUCAUACCUCCUCCAGCUUACAUGCCUCCAUGCCCUUCAUCUUAAUUUGCUGAAUGUUUGUUUGUUUGUUUGUUUCUGAUUAUGUAUUAAGAUUUGUGUCACAUUAAUAAAGAGAAAUAUUCAAUUGUGACAUAUAA